AUGAACAUCAUUGCUGCAGCUGAGGUGACCAAAUGCGUCUUUACAAAAGAAACAAUGGGGACGUUUAGCGGCGACGUUUCCCUUCAACGACUUUUCAAAGAUGAGAAUCUUUCUAUACUCGAUGUCAAGUUUUCUCCAUGUUCUCGAACCUACUGGCACCGCCAUGAAAACGGCCAGCUUCUUGAGAUAACCAAGGGAUCGGGAUGGGUAUGCGACAAAGGAGAAGAGCCUCGGAAAGUAGAAGCGGGUGAUAUUGUCUGGUGUCCACCUGGGACAGUUCAUUGGCACGGAGCAGAUAGCGCAGAUUCUAUGGUCCAUCGUGCAAUUACUUAUGGGACUGUGGAAUGGUACAAUCCAGUCUCCGAGGAUUCACCGAAGGAGGCGCAUCCAUCAGUUUAG